UACACGUGAUCCAAGACAGCGGAGGAGAAGUCACUGUAGCAGGAGGGCGUGUUGUUCGGUCUGACCCCGAGAAGGAUACGAUACCCCGGCCGAAAAGAAGGACUUAUCUCUACCCGGAAUCGCACGUGACUUUUUCCCCAUAAUCAAACAUUACAUCUCACUAUAACUACAACACAACAGUUUUAUGCAGACCCGGACCUUCAGGGUGAAGUUUGUACCGCACCGGAGGAAGUGUCUCCAGGUGGAUAGCUGGGGCAUACUGAAGACUCGCACAGCUGCCUCGUUCUGCACUCAAGCUGAAGAGCCUGCAAAGCCAGCGAAAAAGACAAAGCCUGCAAGCAGGACAGAUGUUCAGGAUGAGAGAGCAACCUUGCUAGCCUACAAGACCACAGUUGCCUUCCCAGUUAGACUUUCAGAGCCUGGAGUUUUCCCAAUACAGUCUGCAGGUGUAACUGAUCCAGUGGCCAGCCCCACUGCCACUGCAGAAGCAGUUGUAGCUGCAGAAGCUACAGCAUCUGUUAUUGCUGCCAGUGGACCAGCUAUAGCUGCGCCAGAGGCAGCAGGAGCUUCAGCUCCUGAUCCAGAUGUUGUUCAGGUUAUCGCUGACACAGCUCCACCUGUAGUUGACGCAGCUCCCCCAGCUGCUGAGCCCCUGGUUGAAGCAAGCAGCAAAACCUCAGCACCAGACAACACUGCAGUUGCAGCCUCUGUCAUCGACAAUGCAGUCCCAGACACAGCCUCCUCUGAGCCUGGUGAUCCAGCACCUGACGGAUCAUCCUCAUCGUCGUCCAGCGACUCCAGUUCUGACUCAGACUCUGAGGACGAGAACGAGAAGGCAGAAUCCCGUGUGAAGGAAAAAGCAGAAGUCCAGGAGGUCACAUCAGAAGUGAAGGAAGACACUAAGGAAUCGAAGAAGGAAGCUACUAAAACACCUGCUGCUGAGGCCGUACAGGAGGCUGCAGCAACAGCUCAAGCUACCCUGGAGGCACCCAGUGUUAGCUCUGAGGAGUUAGUAGACUCUGCUCCUGAUAUCUGCACUGCCACCGAAGACACACCGGAGGGCACUGUGACCAGCUCAGAAGUUUCAGCUGAACAUGUAAUACAAGAUGUCGUACCUCCUGCUAUCCCUGAUGACGAAGUCGGAACUCAACCUGAAAUUGUGACCAUGCGUAAAAUUCCUGUAGAAACCUCAGAUCCUGCCUCUGCUGCUACCCCCUCAGAAGCAGCAGUGGAGCCUGUAGAAGCUGGAGCUGCCUCUGUAGAAUCCUCCAUAAAAGGUGCUGAAGUUGUCACUGUAGAAGCUGCUGAAGCCCCCGCAGAAGCUGCUGAAGCUGCCCAGGCUGAGAUGGCUGCUGAGGCUGUAGCUGAAGCUUCUGCCCUUGUGGAGAGUGCAAAGAAGCUGAUGGACCCUUCCCCAGUCAAAGCUGAAGCAGCAGGAGAGGAACUGCAGACGGAGGCCCCAGCUGAACUAUCUGAGGAGUCUGCUGCAGCAGCCCCUCCGGAACCUGAGGAACAUUUUGACAACAGCACUUAUAAAAACUACCAGCACCACAACUACAACCCCUAUACGUUUGCAGACCUGGAUGUGGAGAUGGCCAAGUUUCGUCUCCCUCAGCCCUCCUCCAUCAGACACUAGAGGGUUUGGCUUGGCUGCAAACCUUUAUAUUGCUUCAAGAAAAUGGUGUUGGUCCCUCUUUAUGUAUGAUCAUCCUCCCACCUGUCAGACUUGCAUGAAAUGAUGCUGUUAAAUGUUAUUAAAGUACACAAAUGAAAAGUC